AUGGCAGCAAGACAGCCCCAAUUUAACCAAACUGUGUUAAUUGACACUGCACCCCUUCCGGCUGACAUACCACCAGUAAAAGAAGUUGGCAGUAGUUCUGCACCAUUACUAUCAGCGAGCUUCUUUAUUGGAGCUAGGUGUAAGCCCUAUAAUGAUGACUUUAUGCAAUGCAAGACAGAGAAUCCUGGAAAAGGGGAGUUUAAUUGUCUCAAAGAAGGAAGAAAGGUCUCCAGAUGUGCAAGGAGCGUUAUCGAAGACGUGAACAAACAUUGCCUGGAUGAGUUCAGAAAGCACUGGUCUUGUCUAGAAAAUAACAAUCAACAACUCUGGCACUGCCGACCAGCUGAGUGGAAGCUCAACCAGUGUGUCUUCGACAGCUUAAAUCUGCAGAAGGUAAUUCCAAAUACUCCUGAAGGAGAGACACCCGUACACCUCCGAAAAAGACAGAUAUAUUCGCAAAAUUAA